CUGGCCCUCACCGCGUGGGCCGUAAGUGUCUUGUUCACGAUCGUGUACUCGCUCUUUAUCUACCAUGUUCUCUUCGAGGGAAACCCGGUUAUCGGUUCGUGGACCUUCGACGCAUCUUUGACCAAUUUGCUUCUUUCAAUCUUCUCUCAGCUGUACGCCAUGCUCUUGGCGGGGAAGGGAGGUGCGACGGCCUCGAGCUUCUUCCAACUAAGCCCUGCGACGGAUUGGUUUUCUGUUCUCAAAUUCAUCUUCAGAGGGAAAUUUCGAAGCAACUGGGGUCUUAUCAGGCUGGCCUUGCCAUUCAUGGGAUUGGGUUUCGGCUCUGUUCUGAAAUUUCAGAAUAGCUUUGAAGACUACUUCAUCAAGCAAGGUGUUGCGAUCGACGUGUAUGCUGGUAACAUGCCGCCCGAUGUGUCCAUUCUUGGACUUAUUUCGACGUCUUACUUGGACGGUUUCUUCGAUACUUGGAGUCAACAACUCCUCAACUAUCCCCGAUACGCAACGAAAUGGAAGAUGGACGGUUGCACCAAAGACUGUUCCGUUUCCUUCCUCCCGGGAGGCAUGGAGAUCGCCCGCAAAGUCGGACCCUUGUUGAACAGCACCAUUCUCAAGGGAGGGCUCUUCAACAACACCGAAUCGAUCAUGAUAGAGAGCGCCCCUGGUUUAGUGGCAAAGUUCGAUCACUUGGCCAGCGACUUCGAGUUCGUCAUGUAUGAGGACUGCAGGACGUAUCAAACACCACUCGGAGAUGCUUUGCAACUGUGCAAGAAGCAAAUGGGCGAUUCAGUUGCGGCAGGAUGGAAAGCCUGUCCGAGCUUCCUCCAGUUCACACGAGCAUGCGCGUCGCAACUAUCGUGGACUCAGACGCCAAUAACCUCGAAAACGCUCUUCACGGCGUACCGACAAAAUGCAACAACUGUUUACAGCCAGAAAGACCUCUCCAUCCAACACGUCGCGCCACGUUCUGACCCAGUGCGUGUCAAAAUGUCGGAGGAGGAUAUGGACUUGAUCUGGAACCGGAUCUUUCUACCGAGGCCACUUUCGAGUGAACUCGAUCUCGAAUCGAUCAACGUCACAAUCUCGAGAAUGGCGUGGAAGUACCGAACCUACACCGAGUUCUUUCCAGAUAAUGACCUGCACGUGGAGUUGCUGCAGAAUUUCCUCGCUGUGCCUUUGCAGUUCGCGGUCACGGCGAUGCAGUACGCGAACUAUACACUGGCGUUGCCAAAGGACAAGUGGACGUUUCCCCCGGAGCUCAUCACGACGGCGACCGGAGGGCGUUCGAUCAAGCGCGUCCGUGGUAUUGCUCACGGGAAUUGGGUUUUGGUCAAUAUUGACGCAACCGCACCCCUUACCUAA